ACCUCGAAUGCUGCUUGUGUAAUUUGAAAGCCAUUAUCAUUUAAUAAAAUUUUUUCUUAUUUUUCGUUAGGUUUCAAUUUACUCCUUUGACUUGAAUAGGUUGUUCGUUAAAGAAAGAAAACAAGUUAAACGGUUUUUGUCAAUAGUUUAUAGAAAGAGUGUAGUUUAAAAGUUUGAGGAGGAUGUCGACGGUUCAUCAAAUAUCACAUCCAAAAAAAUCUCAAUGCGUCACGACAGAAAAGAAAAAAUUUCACAAUUUCACUAUAUGGGAAACAGUAGCGGCUUACGCUUUUGUUCUUUCCUUUUAUGCUUACUUUUACAUCAUUAUUAACCAAUAUUUAUUAUGUACCACGUCGUUAUUCAUGAUGGGUGUUUGUCUGAAUACAUUAUAUUGCCGUAAACAAAAUUCCUUUCUAUUUAUUCUCUUUUCGUCUCUUUAUGUUUUAGCUAUAUUGAUUUACGCCUAUGCUGAAUUAUAUUUUUAUUCAAAUAGCAUUCUAGGAGAAAGUCAAUUACGCUCCCCUAUAACAUCAAAAGAAUCUAUUAUUUAUUUACCUCAUGGAGGAGAACUUUUUACAAAUUUUUUUUCAUCCCUAUUAUUAAUUCAUAUGAUGAUUGUAACAUUAUUUGUUAUUCAUAUAAUAUUAUUUUUAUAUAAUAGUUAUUCGGAAUCAAUAAAAACCUUUUUUUGGCUACAACCUCCAACAUUUCAACCGAAUACGACAUUUUCUUAUUAUACAAUCAAUAGACGUAUCACAUUUUGGCAACUUUUUAUGGGUUUUUUAUCUAUUUUUUUAUUUUGCUCCGUCAUUUAUAUGUCUGUUUUAGCGUUAUUGAUGACUAUUGUCCUUCUCGCUUUAUUCUUCAUUGGUCUUUUAAUAUGGAAUUAUGCUAAACCUUAUCCAUAUUUAUAUAUUCAUGAAGGUCAAGCUACCCCCAAUGCUUCCUUUUCAAAACAUAUUUCCUACGCCUUAAAGCAUUUGCCUUAUUUUCGCAAUUUCCAACCCUGUGGUGUUUAUAUAACAAACUUACCUUGUUCUAUUCCUACCAAAAGACAUGGAGUGUCCCGUUUACCUCAUUUUUCGUAUUUCUCCUCGGAUGACCCCCGUUUCAACCAACUGCGUGGCACAAAACAAGGUUUAUCAAGCUCUAAGCGUCACAAACCACAAGAUGCUAAAAAACAGUGUGUGUUCACUUUUAUACUUAUCACAUCGUAUGUGGUGUUAACGUUUCUUUCCGUUGUGCUGGUAACUCUUCAUCUAUCAAAACUUGAAAAAGAUUUUUCUUUUUCAAAUUCUUGGGGCAUCAUGAAGCAGAGUCCCUUGGUGCAAAGUGCCAAAAAUCACUUGAACGAUAAAGUUGCGCCCCGUUCCCCUGUUUUCUUAAGUCCUUUUCAAAAUCAAACACAUUUAGAUCAAAUGAAUUCAGCGGCACUAUCAAUGAUGAAGAAUCAGUCUAAAGAAAAAACAGGAAUCGAUUCAUUCGUCUUAGCGAAUUCACUUGUCUUGUUUCAUUCUAAAAACGUUGCAGCUGCCGCUGGCCUUUUAUCGAUUGUCGUUGAAAUUUCAGUAGUUUUUUUUUUCUUAUUUUCCCUCGCUAUGGCAAUAUGGGUUAUAACGGAGCGAAAACUUUUCAAUCAAUUCUUUCAAACCUGUAUCAUCAUUCAAAGAAGGAGAAAAAUCGCAUUAUCGGUUGAAACACCACAAGAAGCAACACCAGUGUCAGAUCCUGACGUGAUGAAGUCACGUCCGAUUGUGGAGCAUCCAAAACCAUCAGCUUACACCAAUCGUUUUCAUAAAAACGACAUAAGAGACAAUGACAAACAAAAAGCAAUAUCCAUGGAAUCACAAUCACAAGAACAAACAAAUUUUUGGGGAACGGAUUCACUAGGAACUCAAGAUGCAAAAGAUUCGGUGAUAAGUGAGAAAACUGUUGUGAUUACAAUUGAUUCUGACACUGGGCUUUUUUCACCUAACGAUUUUUUGGAAGUAGCUCCCGAUGAUCAUAUUGUCACAACGGGUACAGAAGGACCGGUCACCAUGAUGUCAAGCGAUGAUUUCAAUAUAAAACGAUUUUCUAGUACUUUGAUGGAUAGACAUUAUAUUAAAAAUAUUGUCAACGUUCCAACGGAUAUUGCAUAUAUUCCUCGUGAACACUCUUUAGAAAAUAUGUUUGAUUUAACAAUGGGUCAUAAUAAAGCUAACCUUCAUGAAAAUAUGCACUCACGACAAGUACCCAAACCAACUCAAUCCAAGUUCCCUUCAAUGUUCCCUCAAGGGACUUAUUUGUUCCCCAAAAUGUCGAUUUGGACACCAAGAAGUCAUGAGAAGCCUCGAUUUUAAACAAUGACGUUUAACUAGAAAAAUUUUUAAUAAAAAAAAUAUACAAGCUAGAAAAACGUUGUUCUAAAAUGGAACGAAUCGAAAGAAGUAUUUUUGGUCAGAAAUCUUUCGUAAAACCAGUAGUAGCAAUGUUACCGAAUGUAAUUAUUUUUUAAUUAAAAAAAAAAGUGUGAUGAAAACAACAUUCUUUUUUGCUAGAAUUCAAUUGGUUUUCGUGUAAAUGUGAAUGCCAUUUUCACUCAAAAAAUACGAUUUAUACAUUAUUAAAAUAAAAAGCUUUUUCGAGGAAUAAAAAAAAAAUUCGUUUCCUAUCUUUAUUCUACGCGGUGCACUGUUUAAGGUUGUGUUACGGCAUUUUUAUACAGUGGAACCGGACUAACAUUAACCGCAAAAAAGGGACUGGAGCCUUCAUGAUAAUUUAAAAUGCGUAAAUUCUUGUUAUUUUUAUUUAGUAACAAUGUUCCUAACGCUUUUUUUUCAACAAACACUCUAAAAGUGUUUGGACAUUUACUACC